AAAUAUACAAAAUUGUCCGCAGAGGCUGUUCCUGUUCCUGCUAUUUCUCUGAUAAACAACAGCCUUCCUUUUUCCUUGCCUUGUCCAAAUUCGGAAACUCCCUCUCUCUCUCUCUUGCAAAUCCUACGAAAAGCAGGAGCCCCCAACGCACCGUUUUGUUCGGCGGAAAGCUCUCGCUGAUGUUGUUGUUGGACUCGGAGGCCCCCCACCACAUUCACUUCUGAUUUUUCCGGCGAUACUGGAAUGGCGCGGCGAAAAGAGAAGCGAGAAGUCGGUGGGUUCCUGACGUUUCUGUUGCUGGUGUUUGCUGUAUUCGAAACGACGGCGUCCGAGGAGAAAGCGGCGCACAGUAGAAAUGCGUACGCGACGAUGCUGUACAUGGGGACGCCGAGGGACUACGAGUUCUACGUGGCCACGCGCGUGAUGAUCAGAUCCCUCGUCAGGCUCGACGUGGAAGCGGAUCUCGUCGUCAUUGCGUCCCUCGAGGUCCCUCUCCGAUGGGUCCGAGCUCUGGAACAGGAAGAUGGGGCAAAGGUGGUGAGGGUUGAAAAUUUGAAUAAUCCUUACAAGGAUCAGCCCAAUUUCGAUAGGAGAUUCAAGUUGACACUGAACAAACUCUAUGCGUGGAGCCUGGUGGACUACGACAGAGUCAUCAUGCUCGAUGCUGAUAAUCUCUUCCUUCAGAAAACUGAUGAGUUAUUCCAAUGUGGAAAGUUCUGUGCGGUCUUCAUCAACCCUUGCAUCUUUCAUACCGGCCUCUUCGUUUUGCAGCCGUCAAAGGAGGUUUUCAAUGACAUGGUACACGAGUUGGAGAUUGCACGAGACAAUCCAGAUGGUGCAGACCAGGGUUUUAUUGGCAGCUACUUCUCAGAUUUGCUUGAUCAGCCAAUGUUCCAUCUACCCCCUAACGGCACCAAGCUUGUUGGAACCUACAGACUUCCAUUAGGCUAUCAAAUGGAUGCUACUUACUAUUAUCUCAGACUCCGCUGGAGUGUGCCCUGUGGACCCAACAGUGUGAUUACAUUCCCUGGUGCACCAUGGUUGAAGCCAUGGUAUUGGUGGGCAUGGCCUGUCCUGCCAUUAGGCAUUUCAUGGCACGAACAGCGUCGUCAAACUCUUGGGUAUGCUGCAGAGGUGCCAGCAGUACUUAUACAGUGUGUAAUUUAUCUGGGAAUAAUAGCAAUGACUCGUCUAGCACGGCCGAGCUUCUCGAAGCUAUGCUACCGUAGGUCGGAGAAGAACACUUCCUUGAUACAAAUUGGCAUCAAAACUAUAGCUAUUUGGUCUAUUCUUGCCUCCUAUGUAGUACCCUUCUUCAUCAUUCCUCACACAGUUCAUCCACUACUAGGCUGGAGCCUUUAUUUGCUUGGCUCUCUCUCCCUUUGCUCCAUAGCGAUUAAUGCAUUUUUACUGCCAAUGUUACCACUUUUAGUCCCAUGGCUCGGGAUCUUUGGGUCGCUUUUGGUCAUGGCGUUUCCGUGGUAUCCAGAUGGGGUUGUAAGAGCUCUUGCUGUAUUUGGCUAUGCAUUCUGUGCUGCACCAUUCUUGUGGGUAGCCAUGGUUAAGGUCAUGGCAUGCCUUCAAGUCUCAAUUGAAAGGGAAGCUUUCUUCCCAAAAUUGGGUGAAUCUUCGCCACCUUCAGGGUUUAACAAGUUAUAUUGAGUAACAAAAUGGAUUUUCGUCCGCUGCAUGGACUGAUGCCGGUGACUGGGACGGCAUUUUUUGGCUGACAUGGACAGAUGUUGAAGAUGGUUGUGGAUGGAAAUGGUGUCCAUGUUGAAGAUGGUUGUGGAUGGAAAUGGUGUCCAUGUUGAAGAUGGUUGUGGAUGGAAAUGGGACGGAGGUCUAUGUUGCAUUGGCUUCCCCUGGGUUUCUGUUGCACUCAAAUUAUGUCAUGGAUUUAGCAAGAUGGGGGGGGUUGGAGGGGACUUGUUCAACUCUGUUAAGGGAACAUUGGCAAAGAAAUUUAUACAUGAUUGUUAUAAU